AUGGCUGCCAAAGUCGUUCUGGCCACUCUUUUGGCUUUGGCCCCUCUGGGUCUGGCUGUCGAUCCUCCUCGCAAGCCCCAUCAACCCAUAGGCGAGGGCGAUCGUCUUCUCACCUUUAACGAGACGAGUCCGAGCGCCAAAUUGAGACCGUCUUCUAUAAGCGUUGACUGGUCUUCUGCCGGCGGUGACGGAAACUACAUCGUCCUCAGUGACGACGGCGAUCUCGUUCUAGAGGAUAUCCUCUCCGAGAAGACGACCAAGUUUGUCACGGCCGAUAAGCUCCCCAAGGAUCUACACGAGUACUGGAUUAGCGGUGACGCGAAAAAGGUCUUGGUUGCUUCCAACUACACCAAGCAGUACCGCUACUCGUACUUUGCCGAUUAUUUCGUUCUCGAUGUUGAGUCUGGCGAGAGUGAGCCGCUUGUUGAAAACCAGGUUGGCGAUAUUCAGUAUGCUCAGUUUGCGCCUAACGGAGACGCUGUUGCUUUUGUACGCGACAAUGACCUUUUCAUCCGCCGUAGCGAUGGCAAGGUCGAUCAGAUCACUUCUGACGGUGGUCCUGAUAUGUUCCACGGUGUUCCAGACUGGGUCUAUGAAGAAGAAAUCUACGGCGGUCGCUCUGCCUUGUGGUGGUCGCCCGAUUCAAAGUUUAUCGCUUUCCUCAGCUUCAACGAGACUGGUGUUGGCACAUUCACCAUCCCUUACUACAUGGACAACGAAAAGGUCGCUCCUACAUACCCUCGCGAGCUAGAUCUUCGUUACCCCAAGGUUGGCUCCAAGAACCCAACUGUGGAGCUCAACAUUUUGGAUGUAUCUGAGGGCGAGUACAAGCCUGUUCCUGUUGAGGCCUUUGAGCCUGAGGAGCUCAUCAUUGGCGAGGUUGCCUGGGUUACCAAGGACCACAGCGCUCUCAUCUUCCGCGCUUUCAACCGUGUUCAGGACCAGGAUGCUCAUGUUGUUGUCAACCCCGAGACUCUCAAGUCCAACACCGUUCGUGAGCGCGACGGCAGUGACGGAUGGCUAGAGCAUACCCUUUCCAUCUCCUUCGUCGGACCUUUGGGUUCUUCAGGAAAUGGGUCUUACUAUGUUGAUGUGAACGACCAGGACGGCUGGAACCACAUCUACCUCUACCCUGUCAAUGGCGGAGAGGCUAUCCAGCUUACUUCUGGCGAGUGGGAGGUUUCCACUAUCCUCAACAUCGACACUGCCGAGAAGCUUGUCUACUUCCAGGCUUCCAAGAGACACUCGACUGAGCGACAUGUCUACAAGGUCUCAUGGGAAACCAAGAAGCUUACUCCUCUUGUUGACGAUUCCGUCCCCGGUUACUGGAGCGCGUCUUUCUCCUCCAGCGGCGGUUACUACAUCCUCCACUACCAGGGCCCCGAUGUUCCUUACCAAGAACUUUACACUUCCAACUCUACCAGCAAGCCUGUUCGCACUCUCGUAGACAACAAGCAGUUCUACAAGAACAUCACCCAGUACAACCUGCCCAACAUUACCUACUUUGAGCUUGAGCACCCUGAUGGCUACACCUUGAACGUCAUGCAGCAGCUGCCUCCCAACUUCAACGCAUCCCACAAGUACCCCGUUCUCUUCACACCCUACGGUGGUCCCAACUCUCAGCGCGUCGCCAAGUCUUUCCAGGCUCUUGGCUGGAAGCAGUACAUCUCGUCAGACCCUGAGCUCCAGUACGUUGUCUACACUGUUGAUAACCGAGGAACUGCUAUGCGUGGUCGCAAGUACCGCUCCAUGGUGACUUCUCAGCUCGGCAAGCUUGAGCCCCUUGAUCAGAUCUGGGCCGCUGAGCAGCUUACGUCCAUGUUUGAUUAUGUCAACGCCGAGAAGAUUGGUAUGUGGGGAUGGUCAUACGGCGGUUAUCUCACAGCCAAGACCAUUGAAGCCGAUUCUGGCGUCUUUAGCUUUGGUCUCAUCACCGCCCCUGUGUCAGACUGGCGCUUCUACGACUCCAUGUACACUGAGCGCUACAUGAAGACAUUGGACAAGAACGAGAAGGGAUACCUCGAGACGGCCGUGCAUGAUGUAUCUGGUUUCAAAAACAUCGCCGGCCAAUUCAGUGUCCUUCACGGCACAGGUGACGACAACGUACACUACCAACACGCCGCUGCGAUGAUUGAUCUCCUCGUGGGAUCCGGUGUGUCGCCUGAGAAGAUGAAGAUGUUUGCUUUCACAGACAGUGACCAUAGUAUCGUGUACAACGGUGCUUCUGUCUGGAUCUACAAGUAUCUUACUGCGAGGUUGUACGAUGAGGUGAAGAGACAGCCCAAGGCCAAGGCUUUGACUCACCAGUGGAAUAAGAGACGGAUUGAGAUUGUCGCUUAG